UAAAAAGGACUGGUUCGGCCAAGUGGCUUUUGUGUUUGCAAAGUGCGCUUCUCUCAAACCGACUUUUGCCACUUCAAACAGGAGCGUUUCUUUUCCAGAUCGCAGUUCUGCUGCAGAGUUUUAAUACUAACCUUUGUUUCGUUUUAAGUUUUUUUCCAUAUCUGACUUUCUCCGAAGUUCGGUUCGUAAUAAUACUUUGCGAGUUAACCUCAUUUAUAAAGACAGCUGCUUAACGGUUAUAGUUAAGUUUUUUUCACUGUUAACUAUAGUAUAUAUUACUUGUUUCUUUUUUUUGGUGUUGAUCUGGAUUUAUUUUAGAUCUUCUGCGUGUUUUCUUGCACAUUCAUUGUCUGGUUAUGAACGAGACUUGAAUGGUUUGACAGCGAAAGCCUCUCAUAUAGGGAAAGAUCUUACUGUUUUCCCUGUUGACGGACUGAAAUCCAACUUUAAUGAUGAUGAACAAGAGUGGAAUGGUGUCUAAAAUCCAGACACGAAUAAGGACUGAGCCUUUCAAAAACUAUUAUGACCUGGUCGGAAGAGAACUGGGCAGGGGCAAGUUUGCAGUGGUGAAGAAGUGUGUAGAGAAGUCUACGGGAAAGGAACACGCGGCAAAGUUCCUGCGGAAGAGACGGAAGGGGCAGGACUGUCGCAUGGACAUCAUCAACGAGAUCGCCGUGCUGGAGUCGGCCGCGGCGAACCCAUUCGUAGUGUCCCUGCAUGAGGUGUAUGAGACCACGUCGGAGAUUGUCCUGGUGCUCGAAUGUGCUGCAGGCGGGGAGAUCUUCAGCCAGUGUGUGGGGGAGAACGAUGAAGCGUUCACGGAGGAGGAUGUCAUCCGACUGGCCAGGCAGAUCCUGAAGGGCGUGGCUGGGCUCCACCUCAGCAACGUCGUCCACUUGGACCUGAAGCCUCAGAACAUCUUGCUGACCAGCUCUUGUCCGUUGGGAGACAUCCGCAUCGUGGACUUUGGUCUUUCCCGGCACGUGGACAGUGCAGAUGUGCGGGAGAUUUUGGGUACGCCGGAGUACGUGGCUCCAGAAAUCUUGAACUACGAGCCAAUCAGUACAGCGACUGAUAUGUGGAGCAUCGGUGUCCUGACCUAUGUCAUGCUGACGGGUGUGUCCCCUUUCCUGGGCGACGAAAAGCAGGAAACCUUCCUCAACAUCUCUCAGGUCAACAUAGAAUAUCCUCAGGACAUUUUCCAGGGUAUUUCCUCCCUGGCCGUGGACUUCAUGAAGAGCCUGCUCAUCAAGGACCCCAGGCAACGAGCCUCCGCUGAGGACUGUCUGAAGCACCCGUGGCUCAAUGGUCACUCCAGCCCCCUGCCGCACCUACGCACCAGCCUGCUGUCCGAGAACAGCCAGUCUGAGUCGGAGCCGGAGAGCCCCUCGCCGGAGCUGCUCAUUGUGGCGGCCUACAGCACGUGUUCGGGCCAGAGCGAGAUGAAGGUGGCGAGGGGUCCGUUCCCCUUUGACGAGCCCUUCCCCACGCGUGCCAAGAUCAAGCAGGAGCUGAUCUGCUGAGCCGCUGGCGGGGAUGAGCGGACUUGGAGAACCUUGUGGAGAGCCGUUGGGGCUGCUCUGAAGCACUUUGAGAAGCUGUAUGUGUGUCUGUGAGCCCAGCAUGUGGAUGACGUUGGAUGUUGUGGCUGUGGGUGUCCACCGUUUGUCCCUACACCGCCAUCCAUCUACCCUCAAUCCUGGAACUUCUAACCAAAGCUGACUUGGGUACCCCCCCCCCCCCCCCCCCCCCCACUCCCAUUAAGACCUUUCCUAUCCCCACACGACUGAGCAGAUGUUCAAGGAAAGGCUGCUUCCUUUUCCGUGAAAGUUACUCAUCCCCAAGGGUGGAGAGAACCCGCCAAGCCCAUGAGAAUCUCAUUGUCUCGCCCACAGCUAAACAUCUAAGGAAUGUCUGAAGUAGUCUCCCAGCUGUUCCUUUGGACCUGUCUGGCUAGUCGCAGGCCUGGUGGACAUCCACACUCCUGCUGAAGGGCUGGAGAAGGUCCACUGUUCCCUGAAAUCCUGUCACUGAGGCACAAUCUUCAUGGAUACUGACAUUUUGUCAAAUGACUUUACUAGCCUGUGUGGCUGACCCUUGAAUACUCCUUGAAUAUUUGUUUGUCUUCAAGCCUCUCCUAAGACUUUGAGGGACUUUUAAGCACUUUUUGUUCCCCAUUGGACAGCUUUCAAGGCACUGCCGACGGUCCAACUGUGAAUUGAGCAUGCACACGUCUGUGUUGGUUAAUUCACAUGUAUGUGAUCCCUGCCUGAACUUGUUUUCAAUGACAUUCCACCAAACGCCAAAUACGCAUUCUCAUUUAUGUUGAACAAGCCUAGCUUUUCCGCUUAAUGUUGCACUUUUUGUCCAUUUUCCUCUUGAAUAUGUUCUGAUUUGUUCUCACUUUUUUUUUUCUUCUCCUAAAAGCUACAUCAACUGAUCCUAUGUAGUAGAUGUAUUUUGGGCAGAAGAUCACUGAAAUCAAGCUGCAUCUCACAAAUACAGGGCAGAGAAUUGAUCCUUUGAAACUUUUGAAGGUCUGUUUAGGGAGUUAAAUGGCAUCACCUGUUCGAAUUCCUGUUUAUUUUUGGGGAAUAUUUUGUCGUAACUUUUUUCUUUUUUUGUUUGAAUUUGCUCUGUAAAAAGAAAAAAAAAUAUUUUUCUACUGUCAGUUUGUUUUUAUAUUUGUAAUGUAAAUGAUUUUCUUAUUUUUACCUUAUUUGUACUGUAAUGACUUAAUUUCUGGCAGGUUUUUUGUUUAGUCUGUUAGAUCAGUGUUUAUUAUUAUUAUUAUUAUUAUUUACUAUUGAUUGUUAUGCUAAAUUGUAUCAAGGAAAUAAAAAUGUACAUUUUGUAUCAA